CGACGGUCAGGAUUAACUUAGAUUUGCAACCUGGCUACAUAAACCCUCGUCGAACACAAGUAGGGUUUUAGCAGAAAGCGAAGCAAUCAGAGAGGAUAGAGAGACAGAGGAGAUGGCUUUUGUGAGUAAGUUGGGAAACAUAUUGAAGCAGAGCAAUGCUCGGGGCUCUUUGUCAAGACCUUCGCUUUUUCAGGCGAUAAGGUGCAUGUCAUCUUCCAAGCUCUUUAUUGGAGGUAUGGAAUAUGGGAUGAACGAGGAUAGCUUAAGAGAAGCUUUCAGCAAAUACGGUGAAGUUGUCGAAUCUAAAGUUAUUUUGGAUCGUGAAACUGGUAGGUCGAGGGGAUUUGGAUUUGUUACAUUCACUUCUACUGAGGCUGCCUCUAGUGCUAUCCAGGCUUUGGAUGGCCAGGAUCUCCAUGGCAGGAUUGUAAAAGUGAAUUAUGCACAUGAAAGAACAAGCGGUGGUGGUGGUUUUGGAGGCGGUGGCUAUGGUGGUGGUGGUGGUGGCUAUGGGGGUGGGGGUUAUGGCGGUGGUGGCUAUGGAGGUGGUGGUGGAGGUUAUGGCGGUGGCGGCGGCUAUGGAGGAGGUGCUGGUGGCUAUGGAGGUGGUGCUGGUGGAUAUGGUAGCGGGACUGGUGGCUAUGGAGGUGGUGCAAGCGGUGGCUAUGGAGGUGGUGCAAGCGGUGGCUACGGAGGCGGUGGAUAUGGUGCAAGUGGUGGCUAUGGGUCUAGCGGUAGCGGUUAUGUUGAAGGUUCGGCUGCAAGUGCAGGUGCUGUUGGUGGCUAUAACGGAAGUGGUGGUUAUGGAGAAGGUUCAAGUGCAGGUGCUGUUGGUGGCUAUGCUGGAAGUGGUGGUUAUGGCAGUGGCAAUGCUUACGGUAGCAACAAUGGUGGAUUCGCUGGAGACAACCAGUUUGGAGGAAACCCUGUUGGCAACAGCUCUCAGUUUGGUGUUGGCGGUGAGGCUCAGAUUGGAAACAUGGAGAAACCUGAGACGAUGGAGUAUAGAGAGGAGGCUCAGAUUGGAAACAUGGAGAAACCUGAGACGUUGGAGUAUAGACAGGAGGGAGUUUUCGAAGAUGACACUGAUGUUGCCAAAAGAGCUUGAAGCAAACUAGCAAGAUGCGAACUUGUCUUUUCAUAUUUUAUCCGAUGAUACUUUGAAAAACUUUAUUUAUCUAGAAACAAUCUGGUUUUUGCUAUCUUGAAAAUAAAUCUGUCUCUUGAGAUUGGUAUACAUUGAGCUUAACACAGAAAAUAUGAGCUUUGUUUCAGGCUUUGAUUGUGGUCUGAUAUGAGAAAAUUUCAUGUUUUUUUUUCA